AUGCCUCCUAGAUUGUCUUCGCAGAGAUUCUUAUCACUCAAUUCACUCCACGCGACAUGUCUAUCUCCGCCAGUAGUCCACACUCGUUCUCUGGUCACUUGUCUCACUGCCAGGCAGUCAUGUCAUGGGAAGGGGCGACGACGGACUGCUGAACCUAGACCAUCGGUAGACGUAUACUUACCAACGCAGAGAGCCUUCCAUGCAUCGUCUCCGCGUCCAGCACCCAAGGACCCUUACCAGGUGUUGGGUGUCAAGAAAGAUGCCUCUGCAGCCGAUAUCAAGAAGACUUAUUUCGCGCUUGCUCGGAAAUUUCACCCUGACACGAACCCUGACAAGAACGCACAGGAGAAGUUUGUCGAGAUACAGGAAGCUUAUGACAUACUGAAGGACGAGAAGAAGAGAGCCGAGUACGAUAAGUAUGGUGCAGCCUCGCAGCAACCUGGUUUCGACGCCAACGCAUACGAGAAUGCGCGCUCCGGCUUUGGAGCGUCUCCCUUUGGGUCCAGUUAUCGAGGCUUUUCGGGCACGUUUGGUGGGGGCCGUGGAGGUUCCCCCGGGCAUAUUUUCGAAGAGCUGCUAGGCGCGUUCCAGGGCGCUGCUAGGCAGACUGAGCAAAACUUCUCGCGGGGCGGAGACAUCGAGACCACGGUUGGCGUCAGUUUCAUGGAGGCAUGCAAAGGUACCUCCAGGACGGUCAAUAUUACCCCAAUCGUGCAGUGCGAUACUUGCUCCGGAACCGGGCUCAAGAAGGGCGCCUCUCGUUCGACUUGUGGCUACUGCGGCGGCUCGGGUGUCAGGACAUAUGUGCUUGACAGUGGGUUCCACAUGCAAACUACGUGCAACGCCUGUCAGGGUGCGGGUUCUGUUGUUCCUCCAGACAGUCAGUGUGGCCCUUGCUCUGGUAUCGGCCAUGUAAGGGUGAAGAAAUCUGUCAAGGUCGACAUCCCAGCAGGUGUUGAGGACGGGAUGACCCUGAGAGUACCAAGCCAAGGUGAUGCUCCGCUAGACCGCCGCAGUCGACCAGGGGACCUGCUCGUCCGCAUCAACGUCGCUUCAUCGAAGGUCUUUAGGCGCCAGGGUGCCAACUUGUACCAUGAAGCACGGAUUCCAGUACAUACUGCCCUUCUCGGCGGCAGGGUUCGGGUGCCUACCCUCGACGGGGAAGUCGACGUUCGUGUUCCCUCUGGGACCCAGCCUGGUGAACAAAUGGUGUUGAAAGGCCAUGGUAUAACCCCGACUUUUGGUCGCGGCCCAGGUGACCUGUUGGUCACGUUCAAUGUCCAGUUACCAAGAGCGCUUACACCACGACAACGCGAAAUCUUACAACAAUACUCUGAUGACGUGGAGGGGAGGUCCACCAAUAAUAAUUCACGUCAAGAGCCACCGCGAUCCCCCUCCUCCGACGAAGCGACCUCGUCCAGCACUUCUGGUAGUCGGGUCUCGACUGGGCCGGGAACGUCUACAAACGGUACGGAAUCUUCUCCAUCUGUGCGCCCAGAUGGCUGGGUGUCUCGUACUUUACAAGGAAUGAGGAGACUCAUCGGUUUUUGA